AUGUCUGGACUUGGUGAAACGCAGAGUGUUCCUCUAGGCAAGGCUUCAGAAGCUGCUCCUGGGGAAGGAAAGAACAGCCAAGCAGCGGCGGCGCAAGACUCAGUACCGAGAUCUAUCCCCGAUACAUCAGAUGAGAACGAGGGCGAAAUGGUCCCGGCAGCAGGCCGUAUUAACGAGAAAGGAGAAGUUAUCGACGAUGACGGGAACCCUAUUGGUAAAGUAAUCGAAGGCGACGCGCACAAAUUUGCCGGCUUCAUUGUUACGCAAGAGGGCGAUGUGCUAAACGAGGACGGCGAUAUAGUCGGUAGAGCUGAGCCUUUGGGUGACGUCCCGUCCGAGUUUAACUAUAGCUUAAAACCUGCAAAGGAUAUCGCUACUCAAGAAGAACAACCAAGUCAAGCUGGUGAUGGCGGCGGUGCGCUCUCUAACGCUACUGGGAACCUGGGCCAAGCCACAAAGAACAUUACUGGAGCUAUCGGCGACACAGCAAAGGGGACUGUAGAUACUGUUGGGAAGGCGACUGGAACUAAAGAAGCUACAGACAUUGCCGACAAUACGCCAAAGGAUGCUACGGGCCUUGUCGGCGAUACAGUUGAAGAUAACUCGGGAGCUGAAGGUGAUGCCGUCAAGAAUGUUGACGCGCCAACAAUCAACGACGACGAUGAAGUUGCUAAGAAAACAGCCCAAGACGCCACCGAGGGUGUGGAACAGGCUGAAGGAAAGGGAACAGUUGAUGUCGAAGACGUGGCCUCCAAACUUGGCUCGAAUCUUGACUCAGGCUCCGAGGCUGGUGGCAUAUCCCAGCAAGGGCUUGCCCCUAUUGAUAUCCCGCCGCUUUCACCAUCUGUGGCUAAUAAAGUAAUUGCUUUAUUCGAAGGCCCAUUCACAGUCGCAGACGGCGGCAAGGUUACCGACCAGAAUGGCAAGAUCAUCGGCAAGUUAGCCGGCGACUCAGAUCUUCAAGACUUAGUUGGCAAGAAUGUCACAGGUAUAGACGAUCAGGGGAACCUCCUAGCCGAUAGUGGCACUGUUAUUGGUAAAGUCGAUAUUGCGCCCGAGGGUUCGAUUGCCGAGCGUAUUAAGGAGGCAGUUCCCGAGGCUGCUCCUCGCCUUGACGCCUUGGAACAACAGGCUCAACAAGCUGCGCCAAUACAAAUUCCAUCGUUCGCCCCGUCUGUCGCCGACAAAGUUAUCGCCAUGUUCGACGGACCCUUUAACAUUGGCGAGAAUGGUCAAGUUACAGAUCAGCAAGGCAAAAUUCUCGGCAAGCUAGCGGAGGGUCAAGAAUUCGAGAACUUGCUCGGUAAAGAUAUCAAAGGAGUCGACGGCAAGGGAAACCUACUUGGCGACAAUGAAACUAUUCUUGGGAAAAUUGACUUAGUUCCCGAGGGAUCGAUCAUAGAACGUAUAAAGGAAGAAGUACCCGAGGCAGCAGACCGGCUUGAGGCGCUCGAAGCUGCCAAGCUACAAGAAGAGGAACAGGUCAAGCUACCCGAUAUCGCCAUCCUUGAAGGCAUGACGAUAAAUAAAGCCGGCAAUGUUGUAGAUGAUAAUGGCAAUCCAAUCGGUAAAGUCAAAAGCGGAAACAUCAGUAAGCUGAUCGGAAAGACGCCUGACAAGACUGGGAAGGUUUGGGACAAUCAAGGCAAUGUUAUCGGCGAGGUUGAAGUUCUCCCCGAAAAGGUGCAUAAUCAAGCCGCUCCAUUCGAAGAUUUCCCAGACGCGACUGUCGACAAAUUUGGCAAGGUUAUUUUUGAUGGUCGCCAAGUUGGUGUGGUUGUUGGCGAUGAUUUCCAAAAAUUAAUUGGGAAGAAGGUGGAUGCCGACGGCGACAUCCUUGACAAGAAUGGCAAUGUUGUCGGCCAGGCCCAGCGCGCCGAAGCCGAGGAGCCCGUGGAACUUGAGGAGGAACCUGUCGACUACUCAAUGCUCCGCGAUAAGAAGGUGAACAAGCUAGGAAACGUCGUAGAUGAUAAAGGUCAGAUUUGGGGCCAUGUCGUUCAGGGUAUUCUUAAGCACCUCGUUGGCAAGAAGGUCGGUGAUAACGGAGAGAUCUUCAAUGAUGCUGGACAAGUUGUCGGUAAAGCCGAGCCUAUCCCCGACAGCGAACGUGAGGAAGUGAAGGAGCCUACACCCUUCGAGGAUUAUCCCGAUGCUAUCGUUGGUGAUCAAGGCCGAAUUAUGUCCAACGGCGAGCAAGUUGGGAUUCUGGUCGAGGGUGAUCCCAAGAAACUUAAGGGCAAACCUGUCGAUGCCGAUGGUGACAUCCUAGACAAGGCAGGAAAUCAACUGGGACAUGCGGAACGAUGGGAACAAGAAGAACCUGAGCCGCAACCAGAAGUUGAUAAGUCUGCCCUAGCUGGUAAGCGCAUCAAUAAAGCCGGCAAUGCUGUCGACAGUCACGGCGAUAUUUACGGUCGUGUAAUUGAGGGUGACCUCAAACGCUUGAUUGGUAGGAUGUGCGAUAAGAAUGGCUUCAUCCGCAACGAAGGAGGUGAUAUCAUCGGGAAGUGUGAACUAAUUCCCGAAGCCGAACGUGAAGGUAUGAAAGAGGGCCCUUUCACUGAACUUCCUGGCUGUACUGUCAACAAGGAAGGCAAAGUCGUGACACCCGGUGGCGAUGUUGUUGGCCGACUUGUUUCCGGUGAACCUAAGGUUCUCUUCGGACGCACAGUUGAUGAUGACGGAGAUAUCUGCGACAAGAACGGAAACGUAUUAGGUCACGCUGAGCGUUGGGAAGAAGAGCCAAUCCCUAAAGACAUCAACCCUAUGUCAGGUCGGAGGGUUAACCGCGAGGGCAACAUCGUCGACGAAAAUGGUGACCUUAUGGGCAAACUUACUUCUGGCCUGUUGAGCGAGUGCGCAGGUAAGAAGAUCGAUGACGACGGCGAUGUUAUCGACAGCAAAGGAAAGGUUCUAGGUCACUGUUCGUUGCUCGCCGAGCUACCAGAAGAAACGGAAGAGGAAAUACAAGCCCGCUUGCAGUUAGAGCAAGACCAGAAGAUUGCUGGUAAAAUUUCCUUCUGCAUCGAGCAGUCGAUAGACAAGAUAAAGCCAAUUUGCAAAAUGAUCGUUGACAGAAUUGACGCCGAAGAGCGCAAACCCGAGGAUGAACGUGAUGAGGAAGAGCUCGUCAAACAAGUCCGCCCCCUGAUCGAAGAAGGCGGCAAGAUCCUAACCGAAGCCAACGGGGUGAUCCGGGGACUCGACCCUGACGGCCGCAUCUCGGCUAAUGCCAAACACAAGACAGCCGCGCGUGAGGCAAGUCCUGAAGAGUACCGACUCGCGGAUCUGUUGAAGGAGCUCACGGGCACCGUGACCGAAACCAUUGAAGGCGCCAAGCGCAAGUUAGAGAAUCUUCCGCACGCAAAGAAAGCAAUCAACCCACUCUGGGGACUUCUGUCUGAGCCUCUCUUCCAGAUUAUUGCGGCCGUCGGCCUCCUUCUUAGCGGUGUUCUGGGACUCAAGAAAAUGCCUCGGACGUUACUCCUCUGCUUCAUACAUGGAUUCAAGGGCGACGACGACACAUUUAGAACCUUCCCAGUCGAUUUGAAGCAGCAGGUAUCCAAGAAGCUUCCUGAUCACAAUGUCGAGUCUAUAGUGUAUCCAAAGUACGAAACGAAGGGAGAACUAGGACAAUGCUGUGUGUCCUUUCUAUCAUGGCUAAAGGAGCAAGUAAUGGAAUUGAGAAAAGCGCAUGCCGAGACACCAUGGCCGCCACAUGAUAGAGAUAUAGGGGUAAUCUUAGUUGCGCAUUCAAUGGGGGGUUUUGUUGCUUCAGAUACACUUUUUCUAAUCCUAGACGAGAUGAAAGAAGGGUCACUACUAUUUCCCCUAGUUCAAGGACUUCUAACCUUCGACACCCCAUUCAAUGGCCUUGCGCGUUCGAUGUUCGUUUACGGCGCGUUUUCAAACUAUCAGAAAGUAAGUACGGUUUUUAAUGUCAUGACAGCUCUUUCAGCAGCCCCAUCGGCUCUUGGGAGAUCAGCUUUUAAAAAGACGACAACGAAUUUUUCAUCUACAAAGUCUUCGCGGUCAGUAUGGAAGGGAUGGCAACUUGUUGCAGUACGCACAGGAACUGUUGGUGCGAUAGCUGCUGGAGGUGUUACAGCUUAUAUACACCGCCAGCAGAUUAUGAACGGUAUGCGUAACAUGCGAAACAUAAGCAAGGAGUCUGUCAAAGAAGGAUAUCAACAAGGCAUGGAUACGUUGAGCCAGGGAUUAGCAUAUAUCAACCGCGGAAAUGUUGGACGCUCCUUCGAAUAUCUUUCAGACCAUUUUACAUUUGUUGGUACGCUUAUGAAGCAACAAGAAUUAAGCCGAAGAUUAGAACGUAUGGCAGCGCUUAAGGGCAUCGGCAUCCAUGACUUUUACACAUCUUUAGGGGAAAAUGGUAUGUGGAAUGGCGGCUAUUUCGUCCCCGAGCGUACAUUCUGCGCUAUACCAGCAAAGGAUCAUCUGGCCUAUCCUCUCUUCUCGCGUCAGGUCAUCAAAAAGACAGAAGACGAAGUACAAGCACAUAUGAGUAUGUUUAUUAGAGAUAAGAACGAAGAGUAUGAGCAGAUGACGGAAGAGGCCAGUAACCUCGUGAUUCGCUGGUUCAAUGAUGACUCCGACAUAUUCGAUGAUCCUCAAUUCGCAUCACCUCCGCCUCCCGAGCCUGUGGAAGAACUUGUGGCCACGACAGAAGACGGCCAGGAGAUUCUAAAGAUAGAACACAUCGCUGAAGACACAGACAUAAGUCAGGAGGUGGUAGAAGACGAAGAGGAUGAUAACAACCUUCCAGAUGCGUCACCAUUAGAUAUCACUGCGGCAGCGUCUAUCGUUCCACUGCCAGACGACGAGACUCCAUCAGAAAGCGAAGACCAAGAUGCACAGAAAAGGACGUACAUGCGGUACCUUAUGCAAAUAGCGCAACAAGCAGGUACCGGAGUCAAGUCUUACGUGCCGACGAAGAUGCCGGAGAUGCCUCAAAUCCCGUCGGGGUCUAGUUUCAGAUCAUAUCUCCCUACUCAAAUGCCACAGAUGCCGAAUAUCCCGAGGCCAUCCGUCGGGAUAUUUGGCAAGAAGCAAAAGCAAGCGGCGUCGAAUACGGAGCAACCUGUGGAGAAUUCAGAGCCCGAUGACACUGUAGAGCCUCAUAUAGGGAGGCAAAGAAUCGAUAGUGGCGUGCAGCUAUCAUCAGAACCUACGAAGUCGGCCGAGCUUCAUCAAGACUCAAAUACAAAGGUUGACCCGACUCCGACCUUGUCCAAAUAA